AUGAAACCAGAACGUAACGUGAUCCUGGCGGCCACGGGCAGUGUGGCCACCAUCAAAAUGUCCCAAUUAAUUAAGGAGCUCUCCGACGAAAGCCUGCCCUUCAAAAUCCAUGUAAAAAUCAUCAUUACAGAGUCGGCCAAGCACUUUUUUGAACUGGAGCAGAUACCCGAGCAUGUACCCAUAUACCACAACCGGGACGAGUGGAUCACCUGGAACAAGCGAGGCGAUCCAGUGCUGCACAUUGACCUCGGAAAGUGGGCCGACCUACUGGUGAUUGCCCCCCUCAGUGCCAACUCCCUCUCCAAAAUAGCCACCGGGAUUUGCGACAAUCUGGUGAUGUGCGUGGUGCGCGCUUGGGAUCUGCAGAAGCCUCUUCUCUUUGCCCCCGCCAUGAACACUCGGAUGUACGACCAUCCAAUCACCAGGGAGCAGAUCGACAAGCUAAUCAGCUGGGGCUACAAGGAGAUUCCCUGCAUCUCCAAGACUCUGAUGUGCGGAGACACAGGAAACGGGGCUAUGGCGGAGGUGCCGACGAUUGUACAGGCGGUGUUGGCUGGGUUUCAGUUAAAGAAUUAGUUAAUCAAAAUUGUUAUGCACACAGAGUUUAUAUAUCGCAGAAUACUUUUUGUUACAACACUUA